ACUUGGGCUGCGACGUGUGUCAUCCAACCCUGUGCAAGGACCCGUUGGGGGAGGAGAUUCUAGAUGGACACAUAGAUAGGCCAAAUAAAUAAACAAACGACAGGGGGGGAAGGAGAUAAGGAAAUUCCUGUCUGUCUUUUCCUCUUCCCGAGCAUCUUGCGCUGCGCAGUGUUGGCCACACCACCGGGGAGCGGUGCGCAUUUUCUGUCAGUCUGAGGAGAGGACCAGCGCAUCUGAAGCGGCAUUUCUGAGCCGAAACGGACAGAUCAGAGAGGGAAGAAACACCGCAGUCUGAAAACCAAGGGGACCAUUGCGGGUCCCUCUCUUAUUUUGAAAGCUUUUUUUUUAAUGCACUCACGCGGGAGGAACAGCAGCCAAACCUGAUGCCCGCUCCAAACAGGAUAUUUGACCGGCCUAUGGAGAGUUGAUUUAGGAACGACAUUCCGUAAUUUUCCAAAAACAUUUUUGAUGAUUAGAGGAGCUUCGCUUGCGCAGCGUUUUCAUUUGUCUAUUUUCGAAAUAAUAGCAGGGAUUUAGAAAAUAGCCUUCAUUGCCAGCUGAGUGUUACAUAACCGAGUGGCUUUAGCUGUCCGAGGUGCUGAACUGAACGGCCAGAGCCUAUAACGGGACAAGCCGUGGGGAAUUCACAACCUUGCAAGGUCACAGGCCUAUCAGUCGGGGAAGAGGAAAGCACGGGAUCCGCUCACUGAACCACUGGCUGGGUUUUAUUCAGAUUUCUUUUUUAAAUCGUCCCGUGUUGAGAUACAUUUCCUGAGGUGGUCGAUACAGCGGAGAGAAAAUGUCGGGGCAAACGCUCACGGAUCGCAUUGCCGCUGCGCAAUACCAGCUAACGGGAUCAGAUAUGGCCCGGGCUGUCUGCAAAGCCACCACUCAUGAAGUGAUGGCGCCCAAGAAAAAGCACCUGGAGUACCUGGUGUCAGCCACCAACACCACCAACGUGAAUAUCCCUCAGAUGGCUGACACGCUGUUUGAGCGAGCCACCAAUGCCAGCUGGGUGGUCGUCUUCAAGGCCCUCGUCACCACUCAUCACAUGUGUGUCCACGGCAAUGAGAGGUUCAUUCAGUACUUGGCUUCCAGGACCUCCCUGUUCAACCUCAGCAACUUUAUCGACAAAACCGGCUCUCACGGCUACGACAUGUCUACAUUCAUCAGACGGUAUGGACGGUACCUGAAUGAGAAAGCUUUCGCCUACCGCCAGAUGGCUUUUGACUUCACCAGAGUCAAGAAGGGUGCUGAGGGCGUGAUGAGGACCAUGACCACUGAGAAGCUGUUGAAAGGCAUGCCUGUUCUGCAGACUCAGAUUGACACACUGUUGGAGUUCGAUGUCCAUCCCAAGGAGCUGAACAAUGGGAUCAUCAAUGCUGCAUUUCUGCUUCUCUUCAAGGACCUUGUCAAACUCUUCGCAUCCUACAAUGACGGCAUCAUCAACCUAUUAGAGAAAUACUUCAAGAUGAAGAAGAGCGACUGUAAGGAGGCCCUGGAGAUCUACAAGAGGUUCCUGACCAGGGUGACAAAGAUUGGGGAAUUCAUGAAGCUGGCUGAGACAGUUGGAGUUGACAAAAAUGACAUUCCUGACAUCAACUAUGCUCCCAGCAGUAUCCUGGAGUCGCUGGAAACACACAUGAACGGUCUUGAAGAUACAAAGGGUGGAAAGAAGGGGUCUCCAACAAAGGGAUCUCCGACAAACAAUGUGUCUCCAACAUCGACUCCAGCCAAAUCUUCUAACGCUGUUCCCACACUGCAGCCUCCUCCCGGGGAGAGUGCUGCUGCUGCCCCGGCUGCUCCUGAACCUGCCGAAGAUUCUUUGUUGGAUCUGGAUCCACUGUCCUCCUCGGGUCCUUCAGCACCAUCAGCUGCCCCUACAUCUUGGGGAGACCUUCUUGGAUCAGAAAUGGGCGAUUCCUUGCUUUCUGAACCCACCCUCACGGCAGAACCCGCCCCCUCCCCUGCAGCAGCAACGCCCACUCCUGCAGCGGCAGAACCUGGAGUCUCUCUAGCUCCUCCCACUAGCACAGCAGCCGCCACCUCCCCUGGCGCCGCCAAUAUGGAUCUGUUGGGAGAUGCCUUUGCAACACCUGUCCCUGCCACUGAGGCCUCUGCAGCAGCAGCUGAAGGUGGGGCUGCCGCUACGCCUGCCCCAGCCGCCACCGCUGGAGCUGAUCUCUUUGAUUCCAUGCCAGACAAAAACUUCACCAAAGCAGACCCCGCUCCCAGUGUUGACUUGUUUACAGCAGAGUCCACAGGAGGAGAUGCCUCAGCUGCUGCAGCUGCCGCUCCUGCUGCCCCCGGUGCUGAGCUCAUGUCAGUAUUUGAUGGACUAGGGGAUGUAAUGAAGCCCACUGUGACCCCUCAGGCGGGUGAUGUUGACACCUCUAUGGCUAACAUGGCAAGUAAUCUCACAAUGGGAACCGCAGCGGCCCCUCAGGUAGCUCCCCCCAGUUGGGGUGCUCCCAUGCCCGGAGCACCAGGUGUUGGAGCUCCCAUGAUGCCCAUGGUGAGGCCAGGGUUCCCUGCAACCGGAGCAACCCCCGGAGCACCGAUGUCUCCUGGAAUGGCCCAGAGUCCCAGAAAGCCUCCCCCACCCAGGAACGCUCUGGAUGACCUCAAUAUUAAGGACUUCAUGUAGACUGACUGACCCAUAAACCCCCAAGGUUUGUCAUUGUGUCUGGAGCUCCGUGGAUGUGGAUGUCUGCACUUUCCCACUGCCUCUCCUCAGUCAUGCCCCAGCCCCUCAGCCAACCAGCCAUCACAUCUAUGAUCUUUGCCCUCUGACCUCCUACCAGCCACGACCCCCCCCCCCGGAAAAAAAAACCCUGCCCCCCCUUAUCUAAUGUUGUAGCACAACUGUGAAUGUGAACCCUAGAUACAGAAAACAAAAUUCCGUUUAUGUGUGUGUGGGUGUGGGUGUAAUUCAGUGUUAACCUUUACUUAAUAUACUUCUGAAAAAUGAAAAAAAAAAAAGAUUAAUGUGUAUUUAGAUUCACUCUGGAUUUCUGCGUAUCAGCUGACUUGGAAUGGUGGAUAUAUGUUGGUUUCUUUGCGCAUCUCCCCGACGAGGACUGUGUUGUUAAAUGUGGACUGUGUUCGGUGUGUGUAACUUCACUGGCCAACCCCCACUCCAACUCCUUUACCCCUGUCGUCCCAACUAAUACUGAGCUAUGUUUAUGUCAUUAAAGACUUGGUUGUUCCUAUAUCUGCUUGGCCAUCCAUCCUCCCACCUGUCUACUUCAAGUUUUUGGAGAUCGAUUCUUAAUCAAAAUGUACCUGAAAACCACUUGCACUGCAAAUCGGGACUUAUCAUCGAACACAUCACGUAGUGUUCAGUUUCAUUUUUACUUUAUCUUUUUGUAGGGAUUGUAUGAACAUGCAAAAAUUUGUGAAAUGUGUUCAAAUUGACAUAUGCAUUUUAGACUAUUUUAAAUGAUAGAUUAUACAUAUUUUCUUUAAUCUUUAUUUUGAGAGAAUAAAAGUGUAUCAUAUAUUUUUAGUUACAUCAAAUUAUAUCGUUGAAAAAGAAGCAAGUAGACUCAAAAACGUCCCUCCUUUGUACAUACAUCUGUAAUCAGAGGCAGUAUUGAAUGGAAACUUUGCCCUGAGUGUUUACUGUUGCGCCCUCUGCUGGUGUGGAGUGAUACUGCAUUGUAGCAUGCAACACAGGUCAAUUUGAGAUGCAAUCUGCAUAAUACUCUCUAAGAGCUCCUUUCUUUGUCUCAGUCUCCACAUGAAAUGACGUCAUGUUAAAGUGGAAAUCAAAGAGACAAGGAAGCAUCCGUGUACGUGAUUGGAAUGUGGCCUCAGUACUCUUUGGGUCAUUUGUGACGCAGCAGCGGUCGGUACAUUUGUUCAUGUACUGUCACUGGAAGUCUUGGGGACUCUCACCGUAAAGUACUCAAGUAUACGCUGGAUGUUCUGUGUGUUGUUUAUUUCCAAAAGUGACUGUAUCUUAAUCCAUUGUGGCAUUAACAAAGUGUUGAAAGAAAAAUAAAGAUGACUAUGAUACAUAAAAACAAAAAGAAUGUGGAUAAAUAAUGUUUGCUAAGUAUUCAUAUGAAGGCUGUGAUGUUUUUUUUUUUCUUUCUUUUUUUUUCUUUUUUUUGGUUAUUAUCGAUGGCAUCGCCCUCCCUCCCUCACCCCCACCUGCAUGUGAGUCCAAAUGAGAUACAAUAAAAGACAAAUACACUGA